GUCCGGGCAGCCGGGUUCUGGUUCCGGUGUGACUGUCUCCCAGGACUCUCGCUGAGGGUUCAUUUUGAGCAUAUGUUACAAAGAUGGCUGUCUCUCUUAUUAUAAAGUGGGGAGGGCAAGAAUUUUUGAUAACUACUCUGUCUGAAGAGGACACAGUGUUAGAUCUCAAGCAAUCUCUCAAGGGGCUUACUGGAGUGCUACCAGAGCGCCAAAAGCUUCUUGGACUAAAAGUGAAAGGCAGACCAGCAGAGAAUGAUGUUAAGCUUGGAACACUAAAAUUGAAACCAAAUACUAAAAUUAUGAUGAUGGGGACACGUGAGGAAAGCUUGGAAGAUGUCCUUGGGCCACCUCCUGACAAUGAAGAUGUAGUCAAUGAUUUUGAUAUUGAAGAGGAAGUUGUUGAAGUGGAGAAUAGGGAAGAGAAUCUACUAAAAAUCUCUCGUAGAGUUAAAGAGUACAAAGUGGAAAUAUUGAAUCCUCCAAGGGAAGGGAAGAAAUUAUUGGUUCUGGAUGUUGACUACACCCUAUUUGACCACAGGUCAUGUGCAGAGACUGGCGUUGAGCUGAUGAGGCCAUACUUGCAUGAGUUCCUGACAUCUGCGUAUGAAGACUAUGAUAUUGUAAUAUGGUCUGCUACUAAUAUGAAAUGGAUUGAGGCUAAAAUGAAGGAACUUGGAGUGAGCACCAAUGCAAACUACAAGAUAACCUUCAUGUUGGAUAGUGCUGCCAUGAUAACUGUGCAUACUCCAAGGCGAGGAUUAAUUGAUGUGAAACCUCUGGGUGUUAUAUGGGGCAAAUUUUCAGAGUUUUACAGCAAGAAAAAUACAAUCAUGUUUGAUGACAUUGGACGAAAUUUUCUGAUGAAUCCCCAAAACGGACUUAAGAUAAAGCCCUUCAUGAAGGCGCAUUUAAACAGAGAUAAAGAUAAAGAGCUUCUAAAACUUACUCAGUACCUCAAGGAAAUAUCAAAAUUAGAUGACUUUUUAGAGCUGAACCACAAGCACUGGGAAAGAUACCUUUCAAAGAAGCAAGGCCAAUAGCUUUAAUUUGUGAAGUGGAAUGUAGAGACCCUUUGACCUUUCCUCCUGUGUAAGCUAGAAUAAAUAGUGCUGGACACUGACUUA